UGAUUGGUUGAUGGAGUGAUGCCCCCCGUGUUGGGUACAACGCUAUGUGUUGACUGGGUUUAUGCUUUAGUCCCGAUAGGAGUCCGUAUGGAAAGGGAGGCUAUGGUGUGCUAUAUCUCUACGAUUGUAUGCAUUCGUAUGCCAUAGAAAUGUACGAAAUGUAUGCCAAUUACGCCAUACUAUACGCUAUGCUAUUCACCACUCCAUACAUACUAUAUGUGAAGCGUUCAGUCAAACCAUGUCUUAUGGCUGACGGACACUCACUGGUGAUCGCAGGCAUAGGUUAACCGUAUUUACAGGACAACCGACCCGUCACUGACCACUCAUUGCAUGUCAGCACCCCUUCUAAGUGUCUUGUGAUGCAGAUGUCAUCACAUUUGCCACCAAAUCGUCUCAAUUGUCUCAUCCAUUAAACCGAUUAACUCACGCAUCGACUGAGCGUUGGCGAUCCAUUGGUGCGAUCGCCGGAAGCGCUUCGUGAUCGCCGUCUGCGGUGAUGACGACCUCAUCGGAGGACGUGUUGCGAGUGGUGGAGGCAGUGAGGAUGAAGAAGACCGACGGCACCCUCUAUAUGAUGGCCGAACGCAUCGCAUGGAUGCCCAACGGGAAGGACUCGUUCACUAUUUCCCACAAAUACGCCGACAUUAAGACUCAGAAGAUAUCACCGGAAGGCAAGCCGAAGAUCCAGUUGCAGGUGGUGUUGGACUCCGGGAGCGAUACCUUUCACUUCGUGAACGCCAAUGGAGUGGAGAGUCAACUGAAUGACAGGAAUGAAGUGAAGGAACUCUUACAGCAAUUGUUACCCAAAUUCAAGCGAAUGAUAUCCAAAGAUCUCCAAGAGAAGAGCCGUGUCCUCAACGAAGACCCGGAGCUCUUCGGGCUCUACAAAGAGUUAGUCACCUCUAACAUCAUUACCGCCGAAGAGUUUUGGGCCAACUAUGCGACCAACAGGAGGAUUGACUUGAGAGAUAAGAGCGAACCGAACGGCCAAAGGGUUGGCGUUUCGGCGGCCUUUCUGGCAGACAUUUCGCCGCAAGUGGACGGAUGUAAUGGCAUUAAAUACAAUAUCACUAAAGAUAUAAUUGACGCCAUUUUCAACACAUAUCCCGCCGUAAAGCGGAAGCACUUCGAGAGCGUUCCGCACAAAGUGACGGAACAGGAGUUUUGGCAGCGAUUCUUUCAGUCACAUUACUUCCACAGAGACCGCAACUCAACCACCAAAGACUUCUUCAAUGACUACUCUAAUCAUGACAUCGAAAGUGCUUUAAGAAAAGGUAUUAUCGAUCCCUUUCUCGACUUGUCCUCAAUGGAGGACAGAGUCAUUGGGACGACACUCGAGAGUCGCGAAGACAAGGAUAAGAAUAAAAGCGAUUCUUUGAAUUCACUCUCGAAUUCAAAUCAGGCGCUCAUUAAACGCUUUAAUCACCACUCGAUCCGAGUGUUGGAGUCCUCGAUGAGUAGAAGUGGCGACAGCUCUGCGAACCCCUUAACCAAUGGUCCCAAAGAUCCAAACCCUCCGCCAAUACUUAACGGAAACGUCUCGAAAAAGGCAAAGACUUCUCAUACGGUGACCACAACAGUGACACCAGUUAUUGAUGACAACGAACUCAUUGCUGUACAACAAGAGAGGGAUCACAUGAAGAGAUUACGACUUGAAGAGAAGACUCAAUUGUCGGACUUGGAAGACAGUGAUAGUCAGAAAGUGAAGAUACCUGUGCUUAACAUUGCGAACAGAGACCGCUAUCUCGCGGGUCCCAUACCUAACGGCGACUGUGAUAUCUAUAAUAAUAGUUAUUCCUAUGAAAGCAAUCAUAACAAUAAUUUAGACAAUAAUAUGUUUCACUCGUAUUUGCAAAUCGACAAUUUGGUCACCAAUUGGGGGCCGCGCUGUCAGAAUGCACUCAACUCGGCCUCAGCCAUCUCUGCCUUAAGCGAGUUGUCUCCCGGAGGGGCUCUCAUGAAGACCUCCCACACGACUAACCUUAAAGACGAAGUGCCGCUCGACGUCCAGAAAGAGCUCAAGAACUUGACGUUCGCUUUGAAUGAGUUGUUGAGACACUUCUGGUCCUGCUUUCCGGCCACUACUCCACAGAUUGAGGACAAGUUGUACCAAAUGAAGACCACUUUAGAGCGCUUUCAAUACGUCAAACUCCAACCCUUUCACGACAAACUCAGUCGCGAAUAUCAUACCACAGACAGUUACGCCCUUUGGUUCGACGCAUGCAUUCAAAAGCAAUUUACGCCCAUUUGUGUCAUUACUCGUAGGAUUAUGGCUUCAAAAUGGCUUAACUAUGAUAUUAAUGCCUCAAACAUGUCAAAUAUCCUAUUCAUGAGUGAAGUGCUCACUUCAGCCGCUUCUCAGGGGUCGGCGCCGUUGACCACAACCAUAGAGAUGGACGAAGAGGGUGACCAAAGACAGAGUUUGAGUGGAAGUGCCGGUGAACUGACUCCUGUCACCAAUUGCUGUCUUAAGAAGAAGUGUUACGAAAGUGUAUUACCUCGGACACAGAACGAUCUCUUCAACAACUUUUGGCGAAUCGGAGACUACGCGAAGCAGAACUACUUCUUAGUGGGACUAAUGGCCGCACAAUCACCAAAACAGGUGACGAGUCGACCGCUUAAGAAGAAUAAGAGCUUGAGUUGGAAGUAUUGGGUGGACAUCCGGGGCCGCAAAGUGCAGGUCUGUAAGGGUUUCUUUCUGGCCGUCUAUGGCGUGUCCGACAAAAGGCUUCGAGUCCUUCAGACAAAGCUAGUGAAUGGGGAACCGCUUGAAGACCAAAGAGGCAAAUACGACAACUCGAGGCGAGCCAAUCAACACACCGCUCGUCGCAAACACGAAGACCACCACCAGUUAGAUGCCAUCCAAAGCCCACAAUCAGCUGCAAAGAGCGCCAGGAGAUCCAAAUCGGAUACAAAUAACAUGAAUUCCUCUCUAAUCAACGAUAACACCCUAAUUGUCAACGAAAUCGUCACUUCAUUCCCACAAAACUUCACUACUAUUUAAAGUUAAAGACAAUUAUUGUGUGC